GGCGACGUGUUUAUUUGCGGCAGUAAAGGAAUCCAGUCUGCCCGGUAAACAAGUGCAGAUAUAACUCGUUGUGGUAGCACUCAGUUUCCUAUUUUUAUUUUUUUUUAUUUUUCAUCAUUUUAAAAGAUAUUAAACGCAACUGAUAUUUGAGAGAACAAUUGAAGAAUCAUGAGUGGACCACUAACAGGACGACUUGCACUCGUAACAGGUGCUGGAUCUGGUAUUGGUCGCAUCACGAGUAAGUUUCUAUCUCGCGAUGGUGCAAUCGUGGUGGCAGUCGAUCGCAACCUGAAAGCGGCAGAGGAAACGGUGCAAGACCUGAACAGCCAAAAUGAUAACGUUGCCUUCGAGAUGGAUGUUGCGUCCAGCGAUAGCAUUUCUAAAGUACUCAAUGCAACCAUCGAACGGUACCAGCGCCCACCAAUGAUUGUAGUUAAUUCGGCUGGUAUCACAAGGGAUAACUUUUUGCUAAAAAUGCCCGAGGCAGACUUCGAUGCUGUAAUUAACGUGAACCUUAAGGGUACCUGGCUGGUACUUCAGCACUUCGGUAGAGCUAUGGUUGACCACCAAGUGCCCGGAGCGAUGGUUAACGUGUCAUCGAUCGUUGCCCGCAGUGGAAACAUAGGUCAGUCGAAUUAUUCACCAAGUAAGGCAGGUGUCGAAGCUAUGACCAAGGUGGUUGCACGGGAAUUCGGACGUUACAACAUUCGAGUGAACGCGGUCGUACCUGGCUUCAUCCAAACUCCAAUGACUGCAACGCUGCCGCAAAAGGUGAAGGACAUAAUGAUCAUGCAAUGUGCUCUGCGACGUUUCGGCAAUCCAGAAGAAAUCGCCGAGGUGAUCGCUUUCUUAGCAUCGGACAAAAGCAGUUACAUUAAUGGUACCUCGGUAGAAGUAACUGGAGGAUAGUUCAACUCAAUACUCUAUAUGUGAACUCAGGAAAAACCGAAAAAGAUGCAUUUAUUAUUGUAUUUAGUGGAAACAUCCAGCAAAUUAAAAACUCAUUGCGCAGCUGAGAGUUUGGGAAAUUUCACAUCAAAUUGAAUAAACACCUGUAUUUUACGGA